ACUGCAUAUUCAAAAAACAGAAACCCUUGUUUCACUUGAAGCCCGAAUUCUGUUUUCUAAGGUUCUAGGUCUGUAAUGGUGGAACCAAUGAGUGGUGAUACAGAUCACGGUGGCUCUGAGGAGGAAUCUCUGUUAACAGAUGUAAAUAUCGGAAGCGGCGGCGGUUGUACUGGUGGUUGUGACGGGUCAUGGCGGCUGAAUUUCGACGGGUUUCAGUUGUCAUCGGAACAUAAAGAGAAGCCUCCUAGAGGUCUCCAUGACUGCCUUGGGGUAUUAGUCCCAGAAGACAAUGUAGCAGAGUAUUACCAGCAGCAGGUAGAGAUGCUGGAGGGCUUUACCGAGAUGGAUGCCCUAGCACAGCGUGGUUUUGUACCUCGUUUGUCAGAGGAAGAGAAAGCAACUUUGGCAAGAAGGGAGACACUUGCCAUUAGAAUUUCAAAUGUUGCAAACAUGGUUCUUUUUGUCGCAAAAGUUUAUGCAUCCGUUAGGAGUGGUUCAUUGGCCAUAAUUGCAUCCACGUUAGACUCACUUCUUGAUCUGUUAUCUGGAUUUAUCCUAUGGUUCACAGCAUUCUCCAUGCAGACUCAAAACCCCUAUCAAUAUCCAAUUGGAAAGAGACGAAUGCAGCCUUUGGGAAUUCUUGUCUUCGCAUCUGUCAUGGCAACUCUUGGACUGCAGAUAAUUUUGGAGUCUGUGCGCACGUUGGCAUCUGAUGAAAAGGAUUUUAACUUGACCAAAGAGCAAGAGCAAUGGGUUGUUGGCAUCAUGCUUUCUGUGACAUUGGUGAAACUUGUCCUCUGUAUAUAUUGCCGCUCGUUUACCAAUGAGAUUGUGAAAGCCUAUGCUCAGGAUCACUUUUUUGAUGUCGUCACCAAUCUGAUUGGUCUAAUAGCUGUACUGCUUGCUAAUUAUAUCAGCGAUUGGAUGGAUCCUGUUGGAGCGAUAAUUCUGGCGCUUUACACUAUCCGGACAUGGUCACUGACGGUUUUAGAGAACGUAAACUCACUAGUUGGGAAAUCAGCUGCACCAGAAUAUCUACAGAAGCUGACAUACCUGUGUUGGAACCACCACAAGUCUAUAAGGCACAUUGAUACCGUGCGUGCCUACACAUUUGGAUCUCACUACUUUGUAGAGGUAGACAUCGUUCUACCAUCAGAGAUGCCUCUGCAGAUAGCACAUGAUAUCGGGGAGUCAUUGCAAGAGAAGCUGGAGCUGCUGCCUGAGAUAGAACGGGCUUUUGUUCAUCUGGAUUACGAGUUUUCUCACAAACCCGAACAUGCACAGACACAUCAUUAAGUAGUUCUUUCAACCAAACCAACUGUAAGUUCUCUCACAUACCUUGUCUGAAUGAUUCUCUUAUUAAUAUUUGCUAAGCUCCCUUAUUUAUGUCUGGAGCUAAUAUAGUGUUAUUGACUUCCUUUAUGAUGAUGAAUGUGAAAGCAAGUAAUAUCAUCAGAUUUUUUCC